AGGAGGAAACGCCGAGCGGAGAGAUGGAGAGGCGGUGUGUGUGUUUGUGUAGCUGAAGUCCGUUGGUAUUUAGUAACUACAUUUAGUAGCGCUGGUUUUAUUACAGAACUACAGCAAUAAUGGAGAGUUUCUAGAAGAGUCUGCGGGGGAAAGACGAACAGCGCUCACCUCCAGAGCGCGGCUUCUUCAUCACCAUGUCUGGAAACGUGGAUUUGAAGGAGAGGAGUGAGUCCAGCACACGCACAAAAGAGAGAAGACGAUCGAGGAGUAGAGGACGAGAUGAGAAGAAGCGAAAACGUAGCAGAAGCAGAUCAUCAUCUGCGAGUUCUUCUUCUUCAUCUUCAUCCUCCUCCUCAUCGUCUUCACGGUCCUCUUCUAGCAAUGACUCAAGCAGCAGUAGGAGUAGCUCCAGUAGCAACGAUUCUUACCAAAAGAAAAGAAAGGCCUCAAAGAAACGGAAAAAGGAGACACCUGGCAAAAAGAAACGCAAAAAAGAGAAAGCACGUAAGCGAAAGAAGGAAAAGAAGCACAAAGUAGAGGAAGACGUCUCUGGUCCAGUUCAGAUAUCAAAGUAUCUGAAGGAGAAGAAGCGAAGCGGAAAAUAUAGCAUGAUCUCAGGGAAGAAGAUCAAAAUGAAGGUGAAGAAAUCAAAAAAGGACAAGCAGAGAGAUAAAAAUCGUGCUGAACUGUUGGAGUUUCUGAACUCUACAUUUUGAUGCAGAUGACGCUUUGUGCUUCUCCCUCAGUCUUUCCUUUACCCAGGCCACGCCACUCUCAGGGAAAGGCCAGCUUCUGUAACGGACAGUACUGUGUGGCUACAUAUGGCUGUCGGAGAGUUUUAUUAUUAUGUUUUAUUUUAUUAUCUCUUGUGUCUAAACUACAAGUAAUGUAAUCCCUACUUGCGGUUUAAUUGUUAAGUGUCUUUAAGCUGUUUAAAAAUUAGACACAUUGAUCGUUUUAUUUAGCUGUUAAUGUUUAUAAGUGAAUGUCUUCUGACCUAUUUGUAGAUCAUUAAGAUAAUAAGGUAAUGAGCUCCAAAUGUGUUUAUAAUAGAUUUUCUAUCAGUUUGCAUCCUCCUUUAAAGAAAUAGCACCUCAUGCUAUUUGAGCAGGAUACUUGUAUUUUCUUUCUGUCUUCUUCUUCCCCAAACCUCUGUUUUAUUAAGAGUUAUUAUUUUUUUACUGCCAAAAAAAACUACAGAGGCAGGACCUUUCCACACUGUUAGAAAUGUGUGGUGAAAUGUUGUUUCACAUAAUCAUGAAAAACGUAGCUAAAAAUUGAACAUAGAAAAUAGUUUGUAUUUGUAUGGGAACAGUGUAUAGACGUUGCAUCUGUCAAGGCAGUGUAGAAGUAAGGUCAGUUCUGUAAUGAAUCUCAAUAUUGUCUGACCACUGUCCUUGUCCUGUUGUGAUAGAAGUGAAAAUAUACCUGAUUCUUACAGUAAAACCUGUGGCGUUUUUCUUGUAAUAAAAAACAUUUCACACUUU